GCUCGCUGCUCUCUCUGUCCAGCCGCCGCUUCGUUCCUUCCCGCAGCGCCUGCUCCGGCCCCUCCCCGGGCUGCCCCCAGCUCGGGUCCCAGCGGCGCCGCCUCUUGCCCGGGUCCCAGCGGCAGCGCCUCCUGCCCGGCUGUGAGGAGUUUCUAGAUGAGUAAAGUCUUAUUGGUCAAGUUCUGACUUGAUAGAUAUUUUUAGGAUGUCUGAAAACGAAGAAAAAGUGAAUAUUCGUCGUCUUGAACCCCCCAUCCAAAAAUUCAUUAAAGUGGCAAUUCCAACGGAUCUCGAAAGGUUGAGAAAGCACCAAUUUAAUAUUAAGAAGUAUCAGAGAUGCAGACUGUGGGACAGAUUACAUGAAGAGCACAUCAAUGCAGGACGUACUGUUCAGCAACUGCGAGCCAAUAUCCGAGAGAUGGAGAAACUGUGUUUGCGGGUCCGACUGGAAGAUAAACAAAUUCUCCAAAGAAUGAUAAAUCCAGUUAAAGAGGAAGCGUCAUUUGCCAUAAAAGAAUUUCUUCAACUCCAUUCAGAAUCUGCAGAAGAACUUAAAAGACAGUUUAAUGAACAGGAGAACACCUCUUUAAAGUCUCCUCUAAUCAGAUCUGCGACGGUAGGAGGAGAGCCUUUGUAUAACACUGGAGCUGUGGACACUUCUCAGAGUUUUAUCCAGAUGUACUCCCCACUCCCUGAAAUUCCUCACGAUGAAAAUGCUGCUGAAUCAUGGGAAACUUUAGAAGAGGACUUGAUUCAACUCAGCCAGCUGGUGACUGACUUCUCUUUACUAGUCAAUUCUCAGCAGGAGAAGAUUGACAGGAUUGAAGACCAUGUCAACAGUGCUGCUGUGAAUGUUGAAGAGGGAACCAAAAACUUGGGGAAGGCUGCAAAAUAUAAGCUGGCAGCUUUGCCUGUGGCAGGUGCACUCAUCGGUGGAGUGGUGGGGGGUCCUAUUGGUCUCCUCGCAGGCUUCAAAGUGGCAGGAAUUGCAGCUGCACUUGGUGGUGGGGUAUUGGGCUUCACAGGUGGAAAAUUGAUACAGAGAAGAAAACAGAAAAUGAUUGAGGAGCUCUCUUCCAGCUGUCCAGACCUCCCUAGCCAAAGUGACAAAAAAUCCAGCUGAAGUAAGAUUUCAGUAUGGCUAGGACUGGAAGUAAUAGUUCCAGUGAUGACGACAGAUAUGCAAUCUUCACUUUGAACAUAAGUCUGUUGAGCGGUGAAGUGGGAGGUGAGAUAAGUACUUUUAGUCCUGUAAUUUUGAAAGCCGUAAGGAAUACGUUUUCAUCAUAAAGAAAUAUGCAGCCCUAAUGAAUAAUGGGUUGUGUGCCAGAUUCACCCCUUAUUUUGUAUGAUGAUACUGAAGUGGGUUUAGUUGAGAAUCCAGAACAAAUAAUGAAAGGCUUUGGAGCAUUCUUACUAGAAAAACUGAGGGGCCCUAAGGUUUGGAGCACUUUUAUUAAGUGAUUUCAAAGAUUAGUACGCUAUUAGUACUCCUCUCCGUCUUUUAAACUUCACAAUUUGGUUCUGGUCAAAUGUUAAAAAUGACCUGGUUUUACUCUUCAUUUGUUUGUAUGCCCAAGCCCCCAUACAGUCUGGUGUGGCUGUCUUUGCUCGCCUAAACAGAUGCACAGACUGGCAAUGAGGCCUGAGGGUUAAGGUUAAAUCACAUUGUUUCAGGUGUGGUGAAAGCUUAAGUAAACCCAGCAUCUGCUUGCAUUAUCAAACUAAACCAAAGUAGUGGUGCUGCUCCCCUCCCUUUCUAGAGCACUAAAUUCACUCUGCUCUUUUUAAAGAAAAGUCAUUUUUUCUAUCUUUCUUUUUUUAUUCAUGUCUUCCAA